UCGGCAUGACGUCACGGGCGACACGCCCAACCUCUUCCUCUCUGCUGUGUUCACUAAAGUCGGAAACUGACGUUCAAUCGCAUCUUUUAUGUACCGUUAGUCGAAUACCGUUACUUUGCUACCGGCUUAAAGCGAGGUUGACAGACAGAAAUCAACAGGACAUGGCGAAAACAUACGACUAUCUGUUCAAACUGCUGCUGAUCGGAGAUAGCGGAGUGGGCAAGACGUGUCUGCUGUUUCGAUUCAGUGAAGACGCGUUUAACACCACGUUUAUCUCCACUAUAGGAAUAGACUUCAAAAUCAGAACAAUUGAGCUGGAUGGGAAGAAGAUCAAGCUGCAGAUCUGGGAUACAGCUGGGCAGGAGAGGUUUAGAACCAUCACCACAGCAUAUUACAGAGGAGCAAUGGGCAUUAUGCUGGUGUAUGAUAUCACAAAUGAGAAAUCAUUUGAUAACAUCAAGAAUUGGAUUAGGAACAUUGAAGAGCAUGCUUCUUCAGAUGUCGAACGGAUGAUUUUGGGGAACAAAUGUGACAUGAAUGACAAGAGACAAGUUUCGAAAGAAAGAGGAGAAAAGCUAGCUAUUGAUUAUGGAAUCAAGUUCCUGGAAACCAGUGCAAAAUCCAGCACAAAUGUUGAAGAGGCCUUUGUCACACUUGCUAAAGACAUCAUGACCAGACUAAACAGAAAAAUGAAUGAGAAUAACCCUUCAGGAGGCGGAGGAGCAGUGAAAAUCACAGAGAAUCGAUCCAAGAAGCCCAGCUUCUUCCGCUGCAUUCUCCUCUAACCAGGCAACUUCGGCCACCUCUGUGUGAAUGGUCUCAUUCCUCUGUGCGUGUCUGAGCUCAGUAUGUGUGAGCGUUUACAAUACCACUGGACUUUCAGCUGUUUGCUGCUGCAGAGAGCUCUGGCCUGCCUCUUCUUUACACACUGAAGGCCUGAAAGAUUAUGGUAGAUGAAAGACUCCCCAAAAGUCCCUUCCCCAAAAGUCCGUUUUAAACAAACAUAUCCACCGGUUAUCACCCCUUACCCCCCUAACCUCUCAGCCUGGGUCAGUCCCAAAAGUGUAGCCAGACUUAAAUCUUAAAAAGCUACUAUUUUUUAUUUUCUCAAAAAUAUCAUUAACUCGUUGCACAUAGACAAAUUUUAGUUACAUUGAUAAAGUGCUUUGUCACAGCACCAUUUAUUGAAGGAAAAUAUGCAAUGAGGUUACAGAAUAUUAACUCCUGCCUUUGUGCAGGUUUUUGGCAAUGAAGACUUUGGAUCUAAAGUAGCGAUUGAAGAACUAGAUGGUUUGACAGUUAAAGAGGUCAAACGGAAGGACAUGCAAUAUUUAUAUAUCUUUUAUUUUGAACUUUAUUUUUGGUUGUAUUUAAAGUCCAUUUUACGUGUAGUUUAUUACAGCUCCGUUUUUGCUAAGGUUAAGUUUGUGUUACUGUUCCAAAGCCGCAUUAAACUGUGGAAAUAAAAGCAAAGUUCCACAAGCUGCCGUCUUCCCCUUUGCUUGACCUUACAUCAUUAACCUUAACCCUAAAAGAGACCAAAGUAAACAGACAUUAUUACAACUGUGAUGGACUAACUGGUUUUUCACAGUCAACUUUCUAAUGCCAAUCAUACAGUAUGUAUUGAGAACAAAGAAUAAAGAAAGAAGGAUGAGACCCUAACGCUUGUUGAAGCAGCAGCCAGCUAGGCCCUGUAUAUUAGUACAUACAAUAUAUUACAUUUACUAAUGGUAUUAUAUUUUUAUACUCUACCAGCGUAAGCAUCUUUUACUUACCACUGCAUAUAAACCACCUAAAGCAUGUUAACCUGUGCUUUUGUGAGAUUGACUUAUUGUUAAUUUUUAAACUCAUGUUCAUGUCAUUGCAGUAUUCUGUCUUUUUGAAUUCCCUCUUUUAUAUGAGCGUGAAGUCGUGUAGUGUUUACAGUACCAUUGCAAUGUUGUUUUUUCUGUACGUCAUGCACUGUUACUUCUGUGUGUGUGGUUCUGUCCUAGAACCUCCUCACUGCAUAAACCACUGAGGUCCUGCCUCUGAACGCUGUCACUUUAAAAAAGAGUGCACAUAAAUCUUUUCAUUGAAGUGUUUUUUUUUUUUUAGCUUAUUGGUGUGUUACAAGGCCCAGAUAGUGUUGUAGACUUUUUUUAUUGUUUGCACUGAUUUUAGGGCUAAAAAUCUUUUGAAUUGAUUUAUAACUUGUAAAAAAAAUACUACACUUUCAUUAUCAAAUUAGUUCAAAUAUUCAUAUGGGCUUAGCUAGCACGAAAGCAUAGCAUUGUAACCACAAGGCAGCCCGUUGUGAUACGUUCCCCAAUGUUUGAGAUUGACACAUGAUUGAUUCUACACUUUAUGUUUAAGGGUGUACGUCUGCUUGAGUUCCAUUGGCAUCAGUUUGACAAAACUCCUGCUCAAAGUCAUGCCAUUUCAAUGGCCCUGGCCUGCAGUCAUGAUUUGAAUAUGUAUGGAAACACAUUUGCAUAUUAUACAAUGAAACGGUGACAGCACUCAACCUCCCAUAUGAACAUAAAGUCUUACUGACUAUUCAAUACAAAAUUAAUGUCAUAUUUUAUAAGGUCUUCCUUGAUUUUCUUGUCUUUUCUGCAAUAUGUCAGUGUUAACUGAUUAUGUAAAAAUAUUAAAAUAUCUUUUAUAAGUUA